AUGAGUCAUCGUGAUGGUGUCGGUUAUUACCCACAGUUGCCACACGGAUUGUGCGAGCAAGCAGCAUUGACGUCGACUGGUGGGUCGGAGAUUCAGCCUUACAUAACCAUGGGUGGUAACGGAAACUCGGGGGAAUUCACCGAGUGGUCCAAACCUUCUGAGUGCUCGAGGUCUUGUGGAGGCGGUGUCACACAGCAAACCAGAUCUUGCAUUAGCCCGGCGAAUCCUGAUGGAACUUCGGGAUGUGACGGACCCACGGCGCGAGUCUCAUCGUGUAACACCCAGGAAUGCCCGGAAGGUUCAGAGGACUUCCGGUCACACCAGUGCUCCGUAUUCGAUUCGGUGCUGUUCGAGGGAAGACUUUUCAAAUGGAUCCCUUAUACCAAGGCCCCGAAUAAGUGCGAGCUAAAUUGCAUGCCGGAAGGCGAACGCUUCUAUUAUCUCCACAGCAAAAAAGUUACGGAUGGCACGAGGUGUGACGACGAAAGUGCCAAUGUUUGCGUGGACGGAAAGUGCCUGCCCGUCGGAUGUGAUGGACUACUUGGCUCAUCCGCAAAAGAAGACAAUUGCAGGGUAUGCAACGGCGAUGGUUCGACAUGUAAAGUUAUCUCUGGCAGCUUCGAUUCAACGAACUUGAAAGUCGGUUAUAAUGACAUUUUGCUCAUCCCAAGCGGGGCCACGAAUAUCAGAGUGCAAGAGAAGAAGGAUUCCUCGAAUUACCUCGCUAUCAGAAAUCAAACAGGACAUUAUUAUCUCAACGGAAACUGGAGAAUCGACUUUCCGAAUGCCAUCAGAUGCGCUGGUACAACGUUUCACUACGAACGGACACCUGCUGGAUUCUUUUCCCCGGAAACGAUCCGCGCAAAUGGGCCAACAACGGAAGCUGUUUUCAUUGUGCUCCUGUACCAAGAGGCCAACCCCGGAAUCCAGUACGAAUACAGCUUGCCCACCGAGACUACAGUUUCCGAAAUCAGCGACACGUACCACUGGGUAACCGGAAACUUUUCCGAUUGCUCAGAGCAAUGCGGGGGCGGUCAUCAGACACGAAAAGCAACCUGCCAAAAAGUUCCGACCAGCGAAGAAGUUUCGGAUCACUUGUGCAAUCCACAAGCGCAGCCGAAUUUGAACGUUUCCUGCAACACAGAUCCCUGCCCACCAAGCUGGUAUCCUACCCGAUGGAGUGACUGCACCAAUGACGAAGACACGCCGCGGAGAUACAGAUCCGUGGUGUGCCAGCAAGUCAUUCGCGACGGCUUGCCAUCACUUGUCCCGGACGAAAUUUGCGCUGAAAGUCUGGGUUCCAAGCCAGCUUUAACGGAAAAGUGCGACGGGGCACAGAAGCACGAAAACAUUACGGAGUCGGAGGAUGAAAAACCCGUCGUCGUCGUGGAUACUAGCAAGCCGCAUUUCUUCGCUAAUCCCUGGCUUCCUUGCGACGCACUAUGCGGCAAUGGGAAACGGAGACGAGACGUUGUUUGCAGGAAGAUUUCAAACGGAACUGUUGAAAUAAUGGAUGAUUUGGAGUGCCAUAAGCUGCACAAACCAGCGGAAACCGAGUCUUGUUCCGGUCCGCCGUGUGGGGGCGUGGAUUGGAUUGAAGCCGAUUGGAACGGAUGCGAGAAAACUUGUGGACAAGAAGUGGAAACUAGAGACGUUUUCUGCGUAUCGUUCGACGGCUCGAAGGUUGCGGACAAGUUUUGCUCUCAAGAUCGAAAACCAAAUGACUCGAAACCGUGUGAAGUUAUCAACCCUUGCGUGAAUCUCUGUGCUCCACGAAUUGUGGAACCGGUACCCAGAGUCGAGAUGUUUUCUGUGGACAGUGGGACUCAAAAAGCAAUCAGGUUGAGAGGGUUGAAGAAAGUAAAUGUUUUGGAGACCGUCCAUCAACCCAUAGAAACUGCACUUCAUAUUCAGAUUGCACGGCAAAGUGGAUGGUCGGCCAGUGGUCCGAGACCGUUGUAUUAUUGCAUGCGCCUGAGCCUUAGUGAAAAACGUCUGAAAACCAUUUCCGAUUUGUAUCAAACUCAUUUCCAGUGCGACAAAUCAUGCGGCGGAGGUUCGCAGCGCAGGAAAGUAUUUUGCUUCGAGGGCUAUAAGGUCAGCAAGAAAUGUCCGGAAGAAAGCUUCCCUGAAACCAGCAAGGAAUGCAAUGCUCAGAAAUGUCAGCCCGGAGAAGACCCGGAUGCCAUGCCAGACCUGGUGGACGGCGAGGAAGAGUUCGAAUAUGACUACGUUUACGAAGACGAAGAAUGUCCAUUGGAGGAGGGAUCCGGCUUGGAACCAGACGGAUCCGGCGACGGCCUAAUCCCCGUCACCGAUGAAGAUGCAAUCGUCAUCGAGGAAGGAAGUGGUUCUGCAUUACCACCAACCAUGCUGGGAGGUUCCGGGGAAAAGGAAAUGACUGAAGAGCAAGGAUCAGGGGUUCAAGAAAAGGAACGCGGUUCUGGGAUAAACGAAACGGAAGCAGAAAGCGGUACUACUUCCGACACUCCACCGACAGCCAAGACAACGGACGAAAAAGAAACGGAAGUAACCCCUUCAGAAGCGCCGCUCGCUGAAGGAUCGGGCUCUGGAGAAUCUCUGAACACGCCGGCUGCAACGGAAGUUGGUUCUGGAGUGGAAGAAAAGACGGAAGGAAGUGGAGCUGGUUCAGGAAUUAUAUUCGAAGGAUCCGGUUCAGGCUUCACCAGUACGAUAAAUGAGUUCGAAACAAUAGCCGAACGAAGAAAACGAUCAGCGACUGGGGAAGCAUCUGGAUCUGGCGAUGGAUCGGGGCUGCUGGGAAGUGGAGAUGAUGGACUUGAGAUGCUUCAGGAGGGAUCAGGCUCAGGCUUGGAGUCCCCGCCGAGUGUGAAAGAACCAGAGGGUUCCGCGGAAACUGCUUCGGGAGAAAAGGAAAUGACAAUCACCCCCGCCGACGAGGGAUCAGGAUCAGGAGAAUCCAUCGACACCAAGCCGCCGAUGGAAGCGCCCGAAAAGCCAACACCCACAGAAGCGACCACGACGGACAAGGGAGAACCAGGGAGCGGAUCAGGAAGUUCAGCGCCGGAAAUUUCCAAACUAUCUGCGGAAACAGACCUGUUUGAAGGCGACGGAUCGGGAUCUGGAUUCGAUGACCUUGGCAGUGGAAGUGGAGAGCUUCUUCCCAGAAAAGAAACAAAACCGAUGAAGCCCAAAAAGCCACUGAAGAAUAAGAAAUGUGGUAAACGACCAAAAUUGUCAGAUUGCUCCAAAGGGAAGUAUGGCUGCUGCGUCGAUGGCUUCACGAUUGCACUUGGACCAUUUGACGAAGGAUGCCCCUUGACUAAAACCUGUAAUGACACAAAAUUCGGAUGUUGUCUCGAUUUCGCCACCGCUGCCAAGGGGAUCAGUUUCGAAGGCUGUCCUACGGUGAAUUGCAAUGACACGAUUUAUGGUUGCUGUGAAGAUGGGAAUCGAGCAGCCGAAGGAAACAAUUUCAAAGGCUGCGAUCUUCCGCUUUGCGCCAAAACAAAGUUCGGCUGCUGUUGGGACAAUAAGACUGCUGCUGCUGGCCCGGAAGACAAGGGUUGUCCUCGAUUCGAUCCUUCCGAGUACGAAGUUUGCACUGAGUCGCCCUUUGGCUGUUGUGCGGACGGAAUCGAGUUUGCCGUGGGCCCCAAGAUGGCAGUUUGCGUAUGCGAGCAGACGGAAUUCGGUUGCUGUCCUGACGGUAAAACAGAAGCCAGAGGGCAAAACUUCGGUGGAUGUGGAUGCGAAUAUACUGAGCAUGGAUGUUGCGCUGACGAUUUCACUCCAUCUCCUGGAGCGAAUUACACAGGCUGUCCGUGUUACACGUUUGAGUUCGGUUGCUGCCCUGACAAAAUAACCGUGGCACAAGGGCCAAAUCUAGAAGGUUGUGCUUGUGAGGAGUCCGAGUUCGGUUGCUGCCAAGACGGGCGUACCCAGGCCUCCGGUCUUGAAUACGAAGGCUGCAGUUGCGAAGCUUCCCUGUAUGGCUGCUGCCCCGACGGCACCAAGGAGGCUCAGGGACUGAACUUCGAAGGCUGUGGAGAGAUACCGAAGUCCAUCAAAGCCGGAGGCACGUCUAAGGUCUGCGGCUUACGCUCUGAUCACGGGGAUUGCAGGAAUUACACCACCAAGUUCUUUUUUGACAUGUCCUACGGUGGUUGCUCAAGGUUCUGGUAUGGAGGGUGUGCUGGGAACGAUAAUCGGUUCGACACGCAGGAAGAGUGUACUGCAGUCUGCAUGGAAACCGAAGGAACUGAAUCUUGCUACUUACCCAAGGUCGGGGGUCCAUGUGAGCAAUAUGAAGUCAUGUGGUACUACGACCGGGAAGAAGAACAGUGUCGAGAAUUUUAUUACGGAGGUUGCCUUGGCAACAACAACCGUUUCAAAUCCAGAGAAGAAUGCCAGCGUCAAUGCCACAAGCAGGAGCGCCUCGCUCCUUGUUUCCAGAUAAAAAUGGAAGGCCCUUGCAGCGGGAACUAUUCUCGCUACUUCUACGACCAAAGCGACGGACAAUGCAAACCAUUUACAUAUGGAGGCUGCAAAGGCAACCAGAACAACUUUUUGUCGGAAAUGGAAUGCCAGUUGCGUUGUCGCGGAAAAGACAGGCAAAGAGAAAUCUGCUUACAACCACGGAAAGUCGGAACCUGUGCGGACAGUUUACAGCGCUUUUAUUUUGACGGUACUGAGAGAAGAUGUCUUCAGUUCCAGUACUCGGGAUGUGGUGGAAAUGCCAACAAAUUCAUCACAGAGGAAGCUUGUAACGCUCAAUGCGCCAGCAUCACCAUGGAAGAGGAUAUUUGCAGCUUGCCCUCUGAUGUCGGAGACUGCACCUCAUAUCAAGAACGGUGGUACUACGAUUUGUUCACGCAAAAAUGUACGAAAUUCACGUAUGGUGGAUGCGGAGGCAAUCGAAACAAUUUCCAGAGGUACGAAGAUUGCCGGGGUAGAUGCGAGCCAGCUCCGAAACCUGUCCAGAUCGAGGAUGAGUUCCGAAUUGAAUAUUGCACGUUGGACAUGGAUUCUGGAACCUGCAAUAAAAAUGAACCCAAUUGGUUCUAUGACAAAAAUGAUGGGGUCUGCAAACAAUUUUUGUACGGCGGGUGCAACGGGAACCACAACCGUUUCGCGAAUCGACCGGAAUGCGAACGCAAGUGCGGCGAUGUGCAAAACCCAUGCUCAUUGCCGAAGGUCGUGGGCCCUUGCAGCGGAAAAUUCAAACAAUGGCAUUAUGAACCGGCAAGAGAUCGUUGCUUUGAAUUCGAUUAUGGCGGCUGCCAAGGGAACAAGAACAGGUUUGACUCAGAAGCCACAUGCUUGCAGAGUUGCCAGAGAGAGACUCCUACAAUUCAAACAACUCCAGAAGUAACUACAGUGGCACCUGUAUCAUCUACCACGGAAUAUUACCGAACAGAGCCGAUUUAUGAUACUUUCCCGACUCGAGCCCGAUAUGAACCCACUGAAUCUCCCAUUUCUCAAGAGGCUCACACGGUGAUUGAAGCAAGACAAGGAAGUCUCACGAAGCUACCUUGCGAUUCACCACCGCCCCCGCAAGACCAAGCUUUCUGGAUCCACGGGAACACGACAAUGCGAUCUUCAUCUGGACGUCGUCAAGUCCUGAAGGAUGGAUCACUGCAAGUCGCUGGAGUGAAAAGCAAUGACGCCGGAUUUUAUUUCUGUCAGUACCGCGACGAUUCAGGAGCACCCCAUCAGACAACCCUGGAGCUACGUGUCUUGCCUGGGGAGGACACGCCUCCCAAAAUUGUCUCCAGUGGUGCGGACGCAGAGCCGAUCGCUACCAUUGGUGAAUCAAUCGUAUUGUAUUGUCUCGUCAUUGGCUACCCUGACCCAACGGUCUUCUGGUGGCAGCAGUCAACCAUGCUACCAUUCGGCACGAAGAAAUACACGCAGGACUCCGAAGGCAGCUUGAGGAUUGACAGGGUGACGCUUAAAGAUUUGGGGCCGUACACGUGUCAAGCCUAUAACGGACAAGGAACAGCAGCGAGUUGGUCUGUAACCUUAAAGGCUUUCGGCCCGAUUUUCAGCGCGGAAUCCACCGAUUCGGGUUUCUUGCAAUACAUCGUGGACCCACCGGGAACCGAAUCACGAACCAGGCCCCCAGUCGGCAUUCCCUCGAGGCCACCCAUUCAAACCGUGCCACCUCAAACAGUAGCGUCCCUACAAGUGACUAUCAACGCCCAAAGGAAUAAGUUCGCCUUCCGAGGACAAAUCGACCUUCCUUGCGAAGUCAGUGGUUCUCCAUCGCCGAGAAUCAGAUGGUCCAAGGAUGGCAGAGCAAUUGAACAAUCAUCUCGGGUAUCCAUACAAAGCAAUCACACACUUCACAUCGCAACAGCCGAGUUCUCAGAUUCUGGAAAUUAUCGGUGCACCGCUCAGAAUCAGUUCGAGUCCGCAUUCGCCGAUGUGGACAUCACCAUUCAAGAAUUCGCCAUUCCGGACGAUUGCACGGACAAUGGGUUCUUCGCGAAUUGCGCCCUCAUAACCCGAGGAGGAUACUGCAACCACGAUUACUACAAGAAAUUCUGCUGCCGGUCGUGCAUGCUGGCAGGUCACACACCGCCGUACAAUCCGAACCGGAGACGCUGAUGAAGCAACCCGUGUCAGCUUGCGGCCAUUAAACGAAAUCGGGACAUUCGCUCCCGACUAGUGUCAUCCUUUUGCAAAUUUGCCCCGGCGCAACAGUAAAAAACGGCACGCUGGAAACUCCGCGGGUAUUUUUGGAAAGAUCCAAAAAAAAUUCGCACUAUGCUCGGAACGCUUACGAACUUCUCGUUGUCCUAGCCUAGGAAACUCGUCAUGCAUUUUGAUUGUUGGUUCAGUUUUAGUUUCUCGCGGACUUGAUGCUGAUUUGUUGGGCUCCACCCGCACACUGCCAAUCUUUUUUUUCGGUUCGAAAACUCUGUAAAUAUUGCGCAUUAUUUCGAAAUACAAAUAAAUUCUGUAAUUUGCUAAA